CCCAGGUAAGUGACUAAACUUUCCGGGUCACGUGAGCGGGCGGAGCCGGUGGGAUCGGACCGAAAGCCCGACCGACGGACUGAGGGUUCGAGGGAGGGACACGGACCAGGAACCUGAGCUAGGUCAAAGACGCCCGGGCCAGGUGCCCCGUCGCAGGUGCCCCCGGCCGGAGAUGCGGUAGGAGGGGCGCGUGCGAGAAGCCCCUUCCUCGGCGCUGCCAACCCGCCACCCAGCCCAUGGCGAACCCCGGCCUGGGGCUGCUUUUGGCGCUGGGCCUGCCGUUCCUGCUGGCCCGCUGGGGCCGAGCGUGGGGGCAAAUAACUACCCCUUCUGCAAAUGACAGUAGCACUGUUUUGCCUACAUCCACCAGCGCCAGCUCCAGCUCCAAUGGCACCCUGUCUCAGGAGGCCAUCACUGCCAUCAUCGUGGUCUUCUCCAUCCUGGCCGCCUUGCUCCUGGCGGUGGGGCUGGCACUGUUGGUGCGGAAGCUUCGGGAGAAGCGGCAGACGGAGGGCACCUACCGGCCCAGCAGUGAGGAGCAGUUCUCUCAUGCGGCCGAGGCCCGGGCCCCUCAGGACUCCAAGGAGACGGUGCGGGGCUGCCUGCCCAUCUAGGUCCCCUCUCCUGCAUCUGUCUCCCUUCACUGCUGUGUGACCUUGGGGAAAGGCAGUACCCUCUCUGGGCAGUCAGAUCCACCCUGUGCUUAGGAAUAGCAGGGAAGAAAGUGCUUCAAAGACUCUGCCCCUGAGGUCAAGGGAGGAUGGGGCUAUUCACUUUUAUAUAUUUAUAUAAAAUUAGUAGUGAGGUGUAAUAAAAGCUUUUUUGUGCU